AUGACCACCGAACGCGCUGCUUUCCAGGCUGAAGUCGCUCGUGUCGAGCAGUGGUGGAAGGACGAGCGGUUCAGCCGCGUGAAGCGACCGUACACCGCCGCGCAGGUCGUCUCGAAGAGGGGGACCCUCCCCAUCUCCUACCCCUCCGAUGUCCUCGCUAAGAAGCUUUGGGCGUCGCUCUCAGAACACUACAAGAAUGGGACACCGUCGCACACAUACGGCGCCCUUGACCCAGUGCAAGUGACCCAGAUGGCGAAAUACCUCGAGACCGUCUACGUCUCCGGCUGGCAAUCAUCAAGCACCGCGUCGAGCUCAAACGAGCCAGGCCCGGAUCUUGCGGACUACCCCUCGAACACCGUCCCGAACAAAGUCGAGCACCUCUUCAUGGCACAGCUCUUCCACGACCGCAAGCAGGCCGAGGGGCGGUCGGAACUGUCCGAGGCCGAGCUCAAGAGCACGAAGCCCAUCGACUACCUCCGCCCCAUCAUCGCCGACGCGGACACCGGCCACGGCGGCCUCACCGCGACCAUGAAGCUCGCGAAGAUGUUCGUCGAGAAGGGCGCCGCGGGGGUCCACAUCGAGGACCAGGCGCCGGGCACGAAGAAGUGCGGGCACAUGGCCGGCAAGGUCCUCGUCCCCAUCCAGGAGCACAUCAACCGGCUCGUGGCGAUCCGGCUGCAGUUCGACAUCAUGGGCGUGAACAACCUCGUCAUCGCCCGCACGGACUCUGAGGCUGCGACUCUGAUCACGACGAACGUCGACGAGCGCGACCACGCCUUCAUCCUGGGCUCGACGAACCCCGACCUGCGACACCUCAACACCGUGCUCAACGAGGCUGAACGGGCGGGCAAGACCGGUGCUGCACUGGAGGCGAUCGAGGAGCAGUGGCUAGCUGCUGCGAAGUGCGAGCUCUUCCCCGAGGCACUCGCAACCGCACUCAAGGCGCAGACAAGCGCGAACCAGGUCAAGCUUGAGCAGUUCCACCGGCGGAUCGCUCACCUGUCAUGGCCCGACGCCGUCGCCGUCGCGAAGAAGGAAUUCGGCCUGAAGAGCGUGCCCUUCUGGGACUGGGACGCGCCGCGGACACGCGAGGGCUUCUACCGCUACCAGGGUGGUACGCAGUGCGCCGUGAACCGUGCGAUCGCGUACGCGCCGUACGCGGACUUGCUCUGGAUGGAGACGAAGAAGCCGAUCUACACGCAGGCGAAGGAGUUCGCGGAUGGCGUGCACGCCGUGUACCCCCAGCAGUGGCUGGCGUACAACCUCAGUCCGUCGUUCAACUGGGAGGCCGCUGGCUUGACGACGCAGGACAUGAAGGCGUUCGUGUGGGAGCUCGGGAAGCUCGGUUUCUGCUGGCAGUUCAUCACGCUCGCUGGUUUGCACUCGAAUGCGUACAUCAAUGACCUCUUCGCCAAGGCGUUUGCUCAGGAGGGCAUGAAGGCCUACGUCGAGCUCAUCCAGCGACGCGAACGCGAGAUCGGCUGCGAUGUCCUCACUCACCAGAAGUGGAGUGGCGCGGACUACAUGGACAACCUCAUGAAGACAGUCACGGGUGGCGUCUCGUCCACAGCGGCCAUGGGCAAGGGUGUCACAGAAUCGCAGUUCGGGGCUAAGCUCUAA